AAUAAACUGCAUGUGUAACACUACACAUAACAGCGAAUUAUGAGGCUUUUAAUGCUAUUUUGUAUAUCGGCGAUUUUCAUUGCAUUCGCGACUCAAGCACAAGCGCAAUUUAUGGCCAAUUACAAACCUGCAACUCCAUCACGGCACAAAUCUGGGCAUCAUAGAAGUUUCAAAGGUCCUUUUGUAUUAGACCCAGCAUAGUUAAAAGUAUAUAAAGUUUUGCAACAUUCC